GGAGGAAUGAGUUAGGUCCUGGUUGUGGGAUUUUUUUUCUUUUUUAAGUCAGACACGGACACAGCUGUUGAGUGAAAUGCCGCCUCCACAGAAAAUCCCAAGCCUCAGACCUUUCAAGCAGAGGAAGAGCUUAGCAACCAGACAGGAGGAAGUUGCUGGAAUCCGGGCAAAGUUCCCAAACAAGAUUCCGGUGAUAGUGGAGCGCUACCCCAGAGAGAAGUUCCUGCCCCUGCUGGACAAAACCAAGUUCUUGGUCCCGCAGGAGCUGACCAUGACCCAGUUCCUCAGCAUCAUCCGUAGCCGCAUGGUCCUGGGAGCUACUGAUGCCUUUUACUUGCUGGUGAACAACAAGAGCCUGGCCAGCAUGAGUGUGACCAUGGCAGAGAUCUACAGAGACUACAAGGAUGAAGAUGGCUUCGUGUACAUGACCUACGCUUCCCAGGAGAUGUUUGGGUGCCUGGGGUUGACAGCCUCCAGGGAGGGAGGCGGCCUCGAGGACAGAUCUUACAAUCCUCACUGGCCCAUGUCAGGAAGAACUUGUCCUCCGACUGAUCCAUCAGACGCUGGUGGAAGGGACUGGUUUUAUCCUGUGUGUACGCUGGGGGACUCUGGUUAGCAGAAAUGCCUGGGGUGAUCGGCUCCAACCAGAGACAGCAAAGUGGUGACCCUUCCUGGUAUGCUUUCUUUGUGCUUCAUGUUCUUGGGGUCUCUCUAAGAAAAACCUGGGCUGCUAUUGGAA